AUGGAGAGCAGCUUGGUGACUGCCUCACACGGCAGCGCUGGGAGUAUGUGAUGUAGUAUCACUUCCACUCCAUGUACUAAGGAUGGUGAGCAGAAGUGGUCAAGACUUUCCAAGCAGCUUCUCACUAAGCUCCAGGGAAGCCAUGCUCCUACGUAUAAAAGAUAGACAAACAAGAAUGUGGCAAAAAUAUAUAUAUUUUUUGUUUGUGUGUAUCUAAGGAAAACACAAAAAGGUGCUGGAAGCGUAGAUUGCAAAUUACACCCAGAGGUAUAAACCAUUGAAAUGUACAUACGCUCAGAAAUAAACACAUCUAACAUAUCUAAUAAACACAUGCCAGUACAUGCCACUUUAGGAGAGGGAUUUGAGAUUAAUGUUAUUUUAUUAUUUUACAUAGUGAAGUAUUCUUGUUGUAUUGUUACUUUAAGAAAGGACAUUCCUCUAUUUACGACGUCAUGUUUAGUUUCCAUGGUAACUCCUGAGUACAGGUAUAUAUACCGAACAUAUACAUGAAGAAUGAUGGUCUUGAAAAAGUCUUCAAUUAAGACGAAACGCAUAGACUAUACUCAUUCAUUGACUGCACUCAAGUCUCCAGCACUUACUAUCCGGCUUUGGAACACGGCACUGUGAGAGUGGAACCUCCUGCCGAAAUUAACAGAUCAUCAUCGGGAGGGUUGAUCGGUGUGCUCCCCUACCCGGCGUUUGGCGUUGCGGGCGGGGUAAGUUACUCUCGGUAACACCCAGAGCUUUUUCCGGCUUGGGAACGUUCCCAGAGUGCCCUUAGCCUUGCCUUAUUAGCCGGGAGGAUUUCAGAGCUCCAUAUCCCCCUCCCCUACUGAUGAUAGCAUGCAUUUAUUUUUUAUUUCAUUUUUCCAAUACAGCAUUACAGUGGAUUCAGGGAUUUUUUCAUUUAUAGACUUGGGAUUACUCCAGUGAAGGGGCCCCUCACUGGAGUUUUACUGACUUUUUUCUUAAUCUGUAUAUUUUAGAUAUAUUUGACAUACAUUAUCAUUGUUUUUUUAGCAACAUGAUGUUAUUUUAUUAGUCAAUUAAAAUUAAAUAUUAUUUUUACUUACAGCCUAGCUGAGUAUGGUGCUUAAUUAAGCCACUAGUUACAGGUAUGAAGAUACUUUGUUACACUUUUAGAUAUUACGUUGCCUAUUGCAUAUAACAGCUCUGUCAAUCAAACUGUGGAUCGUGUUUUAUCAUACAGUAGGAUAGCAAUAGAAAUAGUGGUUUCUAUAUAUUUAUCACUUUUGCAUAUUAUCCAAAAGUGUUAUAUUUUUGUGGUUGGGAUUAUUAAAUCUCUUCCUGCUGGAGUUAUACUUUUUUUUUGGAGCGCUCACACACUUAUAAUUUUUUAUAUAGAUGACAUACACAUUUCAGCUCCAAGGGCACUUGUCAUGCCCCAAACAACGUAUGCUCAUUAGAAUGAGUAUAAGAGUUUAUCUAUACAUUGCGCUAACAAUUUUGCUAGCAAAUGUAUAGAUCAGGAGAACCUAUUUAAGAAAUGUUUUUUUUCUCCCAGCAGUCCCCUGCUCUCCACCCAUUGCAACCGCAGCGCAUGCACACCCAACAUUGUAUGUGGCCAGCAUGCUGUGCGUGCGCACAAAAGAUGCAAACUAUGCACAGAAUUAGCAUGCACAGAACUAUUGUUCCAGGCUGCUAAUGACACCCAAAUGACACAACGGUGGAGGAGUCAGACCUCUGGAAGCAAGGGGUUAAACUCUGUAUGUGCACCUUUUCAUACUGUAGACUUUCCAAAUCACUGAGGUGGUCAUGGUGCUUGGAAUAACCCUUUAGGUAACAUUGCUUCAUCAACUGAUCUCUUUUACGUUGUAAAACCAAAUAUAUGUAUAUGUGUGUUACGUUGAUCCUUCAAAGUAUAGAAAAAUAGAAAGAUAAAUUAUAUUAUUUCAAUGCAAUAGUCGGCUGAUGUUUCCUUUCUGAUAUUUCUAAUAAUUAAAUUAUCUAAUGGAAAACUGUAACAAAGAGAGCUGUGUUCCAGAAAACUUGCCUACUUAAUUUGAUUUCCACGAACAAUUAUAAGCAGCUGGCACGGAGUCCUUUAUGGAUUUGGAUUGCAUAUUUCCUGAAUGAGUGCUUUCUCCAUCAAUGGGUUUUCUUUAAAUAAAAACAAAAUAUGUGUACAAUAAAUAGGUGGCCUAUUUUAUAAUGUAGAAUUAAUGAAAUCUGAAAUGAAUUUUAUUUCGUGACAUUUAAUAGUUUGUAUAAUAUGUCUUACUGGUGAGCAACAAAAGGUGUGCAUGAUGUAAUGCACAUUGCAGAGUGUAUAUGCGUUCAGUAAUCUUUUAUAACAAUAAAGCCUAAAUAGACUGAUUGUGUAUUAAAAAUGCAUGUGCAGAGACGAAUUAGCAGGGACCACAUAUGAUGGCUGUAGAUUUUUUUUAAAUGUCUGUCUGGUUUUGAGGAUAAGAUAAACUGAGUGCUAGCGAUAUUGGUGGUAGCUGAGCUCAUUGCCUUCAUAGUUUCUUCAUAGUGCUGCAGGGCCUGAUAUGGGAACGCAACAGUGCCACAAGUGGCCUUUUCAUUUAAAAGCCCUCCCAGGUGACGCCUGCUUGUAUGAUGAAAAGUGGGAAAUUCUUACCUGUAGCUCUCCCCACUUGUCUCUGCUUUUUGUCCCCAUUCAGUCACAUUCUCCGCUCCUGGCAACUAAAGGAAGCCACCAUGUCUCAUGCAUGCGCAAAAGUGCACUACUCCUAUAUGGAGGAUCCUGUGAGAUACAGGAUCUCCAAUACAUCUUAUUGCACAAUAUUUUCUGUUAAAAAAUAUUCUUGUUCUCAGACAGCUGCAUCAGCCCACCCUCUCUUUCUCCAUCACACUUAGCUGCAUCAGCCCACCCUCUCUUUCUCCAUCACACUUGCAUAUAACAGCUCUGUCAAUCAAACUGUGGAUCGUGUUUUAUCAUACAGUAGGAUAGCAAUAGAAAUAGUGGUUUCUAUAUAUUUAUCACUUUUGCAUAUUAUCCAAAAGUGUUAUAUUUUUGUGGUUGGGAUUAUUAAAUCUCUUCCUGCUGGAGUUAUACUUUUUUUUUGAAGCGCUCACACACUUAUAAUUUUUCAUAUAGAUGACAUACACAUUUCAGCUCCAAGGGCACUUGUUAUGCCCCAAACAACGUAUGCUCAUUAGAAUGAGUAUAAGAGUUUAUCUAUACAUUGCGCUAACAAUUUUGCUCCCUGAAGGGAGUAAUUGCCAAGUAGUCCAUUCUAUAUCCCUCACAAUAAUCAAAUGGAAAUUUUACGGAAUGCUAUUGCACGGCUAUAAACCUGGAAGAACUGACUCCCCCAAUGACCUUAAAUAUAUGUGUAGAUACUAGGGGUUUCUUGCAUACCAAAGCAAUGAGGGUGACAUCAAGAGGGUAUACAUUUAAAAAUGAUCAGCUAUAUAAAGAGUGCAACAGUGACCCUCAGGACGGACUCCUUCAGAAGCUAAUGUGAGGCACAUCCCUACAACACAGUGAUUAGGGGGCAAGUCUUCAUUGUUUUAUGUGUGCAUAUGCAUAUACAUGUGUAUAUGUUUAGUAGAUAGCUCCCUAAUUUGGUAUCCUUAAAUAUGGCAAUCCCAUAUAAGGAUAACAAAUAAGGGAGUUAUCUACUAAACAACUGAAAUAUUACAAUUUAGAAAAGGGGUUUUGAAGUUUUAUUACAUAAAUGAAUGAUGAUAUAGAUUUUAUGUGUGGCCCAAGGCAAUUCCUCUGCGCUCAAUGCGGCCCAGGGAAGCCAAAAGGUUGGACACCUGUGCUCUAGAGGCUCUUCAGCUGUGAGAAACGAGCGAGACAUUGUCCUCUGAAUGCAUCUCAUAGAGGACAUUCCAUUGUAGAACUGUGUCACUUGCCGCACAUGCACUUCUUGUCUCUAAUGCUCCUCUAUGUGAAGCACUGGAUUGGAUGAGAAGAUGUAGAAGUAGCGUCGGGGGGAAGCAUCUGCACCAAGUGAGUCUCGGCACUAAAAAUUAAGAGGAUAUUUUUAGGUUCCCCUUUAUUUAGGGGUGGGGGGCUUCAACAGUGAGGAGACACUAUAGCUCUAGAAAUUCAUGUUUUAAUUUUUAAUGCUAUAGUGUUCCUCUAAGUCUAAGGUAAAGGUAAACCUUGCCAUUUGCACUAACACAUUAUUUAAUGCUUCAAGCUACUUUGGUAAACACAAUAUGCGGUAGGUUAUUACGUCAGGGCUAUUUUGUUUUUUUGUGGCUUAAGAUUGCGGUUUCUAUCAUUUAUACAAUUUCUUUUUAAAAGUAAUAUGAAUAAAUGUGUGGUUUUACUUUUUUACAUGCAGCAUUUUCAUUCCAUAUUACUUCUAAACGCAUGGAUUAUAUUAGCAAGCUCUCUCUUGCAGAAAUUCAAAUUAGAUACUUUCCAGAAUUCAGACUAUGAAAUUGAUUUCAUAGAACAUGAUUACACCACUGCAACAAAAUGCCAGCCAGCCCCAUCUGAAAAUUCCCCCAUCAUAGCUUACCAUUUGUAAAAGAACAAACACUUGGCUAUUUUAUCAUCGAGGAACACUGUAAGACAAUGUGUAUAUAGUUCCUGUUCCACUUACAAGACUAUUACUCAGAUAAGCCUUUAGUGGGUUUAAGGUGGUAUCACAGAAAUCCUUUGUGAUACUCCUUCUUGGUUGGGCUUUACUGGAUUGAAUGGGUGCAUUCAGAUUUCCAUAGUCGUACAUUUGCUGAGUAAACGAUAUCGUGCAAAAUGCUGUGCACAAUGAAACGAUUUUAAUUCACUGCCAUCCGCUUUAAAUCUAGGUAAAAUUGCAUGUGACAAAAUCAUACAAGUCACCAACACUGUUAGUUUUUUAAAAGCUUUAAUAAUCUGAAUAAAAAGGUUGUCUAGUCACCUUUGUUUAACAAAAGACUUAAUUUCACAAGUGAAAUACUUAUUUUAGUUUCUCUAUCAGUAAAAUGUUUUGGUAUUUACUAGGCUGACCCUGAAUAGCAGACUUUUUUUUUUGUUUUUGUUUUCUAUAAUUUUUUUUUAAUUUUCUUUUGCCAAUGGGAGAUCACAUUGCUGUUUUGUCUCAGAAUAUACCCAUCUCAACAGUCCGGGGCUAUUCUGUAGAAUUUUUGGUGUGUGUGUGUGUGUGGAUAUGCACGGGUCCCCUUUCCCAUCCCGCUAGUUUGGUUAAUCAAGUUGACCAACUCUGUUUUUGAUAGCAGACUUUUUAAAAAUCUCUUUGUGUAAUUUAAUGUUUAUAAUGCAGCAAAAAUCAACAGCUGGUAUCUGUACAAUAUUUGUUUGUUUUAGUUUUCAGUGUUACACAUGUCUACAUAAUAAACAUCACCUAUUUCUUUUUGUAAAGAAGUAUUUAAAGGGACACUCCGGGCACCAGAACAUCCACGAACACCUGCUUGAAUCACACGUUCAAGGCUUGAAUCUGGAAGCCUUUUAUAGUGGCGCCACUAAUAGGCUGAUAGAGUGAGUUGAUGCUCUCAGCCUAAUUGUACAUUACUCAAGCCGUUUUGUGAAUUUACCGAUAUGUUUAGUGUUAUACCUGACACACUCAGCCUUACGAUAGUGCCCCUGUCUGAGAAUUUGUGAUUCAUGGGCACAGGAUUUUAUAUGGUGGAUGUUCAUGGGCACCGGAUUUAACUCUUUGAGUUGAAACCAUGUGUUAAAGUUUUAACCUCUUGAGGUAAUCCAAUGCCCGUGGACCUCCUCGCACUAUAACAACUUCAUUUUUAUGAAAUUCAAUGCAGUUUUUAUGGUGCCCAGAGUGCCCUUUUUGUGUAUGUUGUAUUUCCAACUGAAUUUUAUUGGAUAUUUAAAGCAUCCGAAGCAACCUUGGUUAAGACCCUGCUUUGUACAACUUGACUUUAUUAUAUUUAUGUUACAGGCAAAACUGGAGUGUCCUGUAAGCCAAGACUUUACUGUGGAAAAUGUGCUCUCAGCUCUGCCAGCAUUUCCCAAGGGCGCUCCACAGCAACGAGCGAAGAGAGCCGCAGAAGCAUUAGUAAAAGCCGCCAAUUAUUCCAGGCUAAUGGCCCUGCAACAGGUACCCAAAUGUUACAUCAGUGCAAUGAUUCACUCCAGGGUUCAUUUAAUAGCGUUCUAGAAUUUAUCUGCUUGCCCUUAAGUGUGAAGUAAAACUAUUACCAUAAACAGCUGCUCCAAAGCCUUGUGAGCUUUCACAGUGUCAGACAUUUCCCAGCCACAACCAGGAAACCGCUUGUUGAAUAUGUUUUAUUGUAAAAAAACUGACAUGUAGUUUAAAAAAAUUCUAAUCUGUGAAGGCUUUUAAAAGCACUUAUUUAUUUAUUUAACACUUCCCACAUCAAGAGAUCCAUCCUGCAUUGAGGAUCUUUUUGUUCCAAAUGCUUAAAGGACCACUAUAGUGUCAGGAAAACAAACUCGUUUUCCUUAGGUACCACCUAUCCUCAGGACCCCUUCCCGCUGGGGUCCACCUAUCCUCUCCUUCCCCUCUGACGUCAGCGCCCGAGUGGAUCCAAAUGCACAUGCGCAGCCAGAGCUGCGCACAUUAAAAACGCCCAUAGGAAAGCAUUUCUCAAUGCUUUCCUAUGGACGUUCUGCGUGCUCAAUGCGAUUUUCACAUUGAGCGUCGGGGAAGCGCCUGUAGCGGCUGUCAGGAAGAAAGCCACUAGAGGCUGGAUUAACCCUGCAAUGUUAACAUACCCAAUUUACAGCUGCAGGGUUAAAACCUGGGGGACCUUGCACCCAGACCACUUCAUUGAGCUGAAGUGGUCUGGGUGACUAUAGUGGUCCUUUAAAGUAAGGGUAUCAAACUCUGCCUCACCCCCAAAAUGUUUAUGGCCUACAACUCCCAGAAUUGUUUCAGUGGAAUAGGUGGCCAAUGCAUCAUGUGAGUUACAUAGAAACAUAGAAUGUGACGGCAGAUAAGAACCAUUCGGCCCAUCUAGUCUGCCCAAUUUUCUAAAUACUUUUGUUAGUCCCUGGCCAUAUCUUAUAGCUAGGAUAGCAUUAUGCCUAUCACACGAGUUGUAGUUCAGCAACAUCUAGGGGACCAGAGUUUGAGAUGCCUGUCUUAAAAUACACACACAACAACAAAAUGGUAGCACUCAGAGGACAGAAAUAUUUCAUAGUUUCUUGAGUAGGGUUUCUGUGUGACUGCAAAAAGCAGGUGGAUUUAUUUUAUAAUUUUUCCCUAUGUAGGAUAUAUUAAUAGUGAAUCUGGUUGAAAUUCUAUGUUUGGUAAAUAUGUGAAUCUUAUAUACUCCUUAGGAAUCAUAUGUGAGAAUUACUGAGACCAGAGAACAGUGAUUAAGAUUGUACUCUGUAAAUUACUCUUUAAUCCUUAUAUCUGCAAUGACCUGUGUGAUUUAUCAGUGAAAUUUUCUAGUAAUAAUGUGGACACUAGAACAGGUUUAAUUAGUGACUGGUUUCACUGAAAAUUAAACUACCAGAAUAAACGCAAAAGAUAAAAGGUAUACUGAGCUGAUUAUAUCUUCCUCAUCUCCUUGAUGGCUGCUGCAGUUGAUACCCCUAGAGUACAUUUUAUAUGUAUUUAUGUUGAUUAUACUAUUUGCCAGAGGCACAGAAUGACAAGAUAAUACAUCGUAAAAAAAAUAUAUAUUUUUUUAUUUCUUUGUUUGCAACUUGUUUUGAUGUAAAUUUAUUUUCAAUAACCAACAUGACUGCCAGAGCUGUUAUGAAUUAUUAUUUUUUUUUUACACUUUUAAGUCUGAGCAUAUCCUUAUAAACUCAAUAUACAAUUUAUCCUACUGAUAAGUGAUAUAAUUCGUUAUGGAAAGAGAUGUUAAUCAGUACUCACCUCCUUUUCAGCAGUGGGGUUGGGGCCAUGUUCUGAAGUUGUUACAUUGAUCUAGCACCCAUCUUCUGCUCCCACCGGAAACCUGCCACACUUCAGCACUAUUGGCUCUGCUGUAAAACACAUUUCCCAGCAUCCCUGCCAUGACAAUGACAUGUCACAUUAUUUUGCGAACGCAUCAUUGUCAGAACAGAGUGACAAAUAUCCGUCAUGCUAUACAUGUAUUCCCCCAGCAACCGUGAGAGAAACUUACAGGAAUAUUAAAACAGCUACAGCACAUCCAUUGUAGUUGCUGAAACAGGGAGCAGAGAAACAACCUGCAGGAAGGUUCUCACUGUACACGGCUACUCAAUCCUCUACUUUAUUAUUAUUUAUAAAGAGACAACAAGUUUCGCAGAGCUGUGCAAUUGGUGGAGUAGCAUACAAGUAUAUGAAACAAAACGAACUGGAUGCACAGGAACAGAGGGUGGAGGGCACCGCUCAAACGAAGUUACAUUCUAGAGGAAGUAGGAAAAGUGACACGAGGUGUAUUUCAUGUACGGGAAAAAGUACAUUGCUAGAUUACAAGGGUUGGGGGGGUGCGUGGCUGGACCACCAAGCUGGCUGGUUGCAUGCCUGACAGGCUCCUGGCAGAUAUCACUUAUUAAGCUAAAAUUAAGCAACAACUCAACUCCUUUCGUAUUUGAAAGUUGACAACGGUGACCUAAGUAACUGCUGCUAAGCCUUCAGAACCCUGGGUCGGAUGCUGUAAAGGCCUGCUGGGAGAUUGUGCACCCGGAGCUUGCGGCCUACUCGACUAAGGGGUGAGGUGGAUGGUCGCCGCCUCACUUACUGAUGGAUCGUCAUGCCAGUCCCGUUCCCCACUGGCCCGAUACAUGUACCUCGGCUGGUUCCUGUAGCUCACCACAGUUUGUGCAACGCAGGCGGCGAUCCUAACAAAAUGGCAGUCGUGCCUCUGUCACCAGAGCAUAUUCACACGCAGCACUGCGGAGACCACUGCAAUGUGAUUGAACGCUCACUCAAAUAGCUAAAUGGGUCUUUCAACACUUCUGGGCAAUGCUGGGGAGGCGCAUGACUCAAACACCAACCCAUACUGAGAGGAAGGUGAAGAAGGCAGGAGAUGAGGGGCUGAGACUGCCUCUUUCGGGCAAAGCCCCUACUCCUAUGCUAGCUACCUGUGCUGACUGCCCACCUAGACCGAGGAGAUUGCCUCGGGCCUCCUGUUGUGCCAGAUAUGGGAAUGUCUCGAACUCGCAGAGCCUUAGAGUCUGUGUUACAUAGAAACUUCCCUCUGCAUAGUCCCGUUUUUAUUGCUCCAAUACCCUCUGUAGCCUCCAUGCUCUUGCGGUUACUCUGCCAAGUAUAGGCAUUAGCUGACUCUCUCUGGUUUGAGAACUUGAAGUUCGUGUGCCGCUAUAUGAGAGUCACUGUUAACUGGUCAAUUAAUUUACUGCAUUUGUUAUCUUCUUUAUUAUAUAUUUAUGUGAUAUUCCAUUGGUGUAUGCAGAGUUUUAAAACACCUCUCCAAGUUCCAGUGCUAUCCUUAGCACUUAGUUGGCUGCGUAACCAUUAUUGCACUAACUCAUGAUAACUUGGCAUCCUGUGUAACAUUAAUAUUUCACCAGUAGUUUAAUUCUUCAUCUUGAAACCUAACUUGUAUUAUGACUUUAUUAUUUAGAUAAACUCUACGUGUCUAACCAGACCUACUAAUUUCUAAGUAUAUUCUCGGUACUAUAUUCAGACAUGUUCGUCAAGCUUAUAUAUGCUCGCUUCUAUCACAAAAAUCCUCCACAAAACUAGGUAUUAUCAAACGAUCGUGAAAUGAUAUGCAAUUCUCGUACAUUGUGUGUUAAAUAUUUCCUGCAUGUAAUGUCUUUUUCUCAUAUCUCAAUAAAACAAAGAUUGACAGAAGAAAAAUGAAAUGUUAGUUUAUUGGAUGAUAUCAUUGCAGGAGAGGAAGGGUGAGGGUGGGUUACCAAAGUACGGGUAGGGAAGGCUAUUAACAGUUUAAGUGAUAUGCUUUCUUAAAAUAGUGAGUUUUCAAAAUGUUUUUUGAAAGGAUGAAUACUGGGUGCAGGGGCGUACCUAGAGCAUUUGGCACCCAGGGCGGAUCCUGUGCUGGCACCCCCUCGCCCUUCCCUCUCCCCCCCCCACACAAAAAAAAACCUGUACAUUUUUUAAAUGUUUUCUUAUUUUUUACAAUUUGUAAACUUUGCAAAACCGCUCUCAGCCCCUCCUAUAAAACCCUUGUCCUUCCCCGCCCCCUCCUUUAAAACCCCUGUCCUGCCCACUUCUACAAAUCCUGUACUGACCCCCAUCCACAAAACCCCCCGACCCCCUUCCACAAAUCCCCUGCUUAUCCCCCCUUAUAAAGACUCCUGUCCCAAUACAAAAACCCUGCCCCCGUUUACAAAAUCCCUGCAGACCCACACACACAUUUAUAGGCAGACAGUCACACACACAGUUACAGGCACACACUGGACAUACUUGUGUAUUAGUGAGGAUAGGUAGGUUGGAGCAGCGUUUUGUAGAGAUUAUUAAGCAAGAGACGGAAUUUUACAUUGAGCCCUUAAUUUUUAUGGGAAACCAGUCACACACACAGUUACAGGCAUACAGUCACACACAGUUACAGGCAGACAGUCACACGCACACAGUCACAUGCAGACAGUCAUGCACACAGUUACAGGCAGACAGUCACAUAUACAUUGACACACACAUGACAGCAGUAGACAGUCACAAGCACACAGUCACAGACAGAUAGUCACACACACACACAUACAUACACAGUUACCGACAGUUUUACACACACACACACACAGUUACAGACAGUUUUACACACACACACACACAGACAGUUACAGACAGUUUUACACACACACAGUUACAGACCGUUUUACACACACACAGUUACAGACAGUUUUACACACACACAUACACAGUUUUAUACACACACACACACACACACUGUCACACACUAUUACUUACAGACAGUGGGCUGGAGGAGGACUGGAUUCCAUGAAGCCUGUGGAGAGAGACAGCAGUAACCGGUAAGGGCCAUAUCAAGCCCUGCCCCCGCUGCCGGUUUGGCUAUGCCCCCGAUUUUAAUUAGCUCCGCCCCAAUUUACCUCCGUGCGAACAGUUCAGCUGGUCUUAGUGUGUGAGCUGUUCUGGCCGCACGGCACCCUAACUGCCAUGGGGGGGUACUUUUCAGCCACAGCUCACACAGCCCCCUCUAGCUCCCACAUCAGGGUCAUGGCACCCCCCACCCUAGUGGCACCUGGGGCGGACCACCCCCUCCGCCCCCCCUUACCCCGCCACUGACUGGGUGAGAUUCUUAUGUAGCAGGGAAAGCAAUGGCACUAUCCUUGUGGAGUUUUGAAGGUGGGUGUCAGAGGUGCGAGUAUGAGCACAGGAUAGACGCAGGUCUUCGGCAGAGCGUAGGGGCCUGGACUGGUAGGUUGGAGCAGCGUUUUGUAGAGAUUAUUAAGCAAGAGACGGAAUUUUACAUUGAGCCCUUAAUUUUUAUGGGAAACCAGUGUAAGGAAGAACAGAGGGGGCGAAGCAUGAGAGGUGCGGGCACACAGGAAGAUGAGCCUUGCCGCCGUAUUUUAUAUAGACUGUAACGGACCAAGCUGGGAAUGCGUAAGACCACUGAGAAGCUGAUUACAGUAGUCAAGGAGAGAGAGGAUUGUGGCAUGGACUAGCACCAUAACUGCACCCAGCAUUGGACAGUGGCAGAUGCGAGCUAUAUUUUUGAGAUGGAAGCAGCAGGGUUUGGCGAGUGACUGGACAUGAGGGGUGGAGGAGAGGUCAGAGUCAAAGAGAACAUCUAGGCAGCGAGCCUGCAAGGUAGAGCUGAUGGUAGCACCAAUGACAUGGUGGGAGACAGACACGUAAGUAGCAACACUUGAGGGAGAAAAUAUGAGAAGUUCUGUUUUGGACAGGUUAAGAUUAAGGAAACAAGCAGCCAUGCAGUUGGAAAUAGCAGAGAGGCAGUCAGAGGCACCAGUCAAGAGGGAUGGCAAGAGUGUAGAAGAGGACAAAUAGAUUUGUGUGUCUUCCGCAUAAAAUAAUAAUGAUAGCCAAAGGAGCUGAUGAGUUUACCAAGGGAGGCAAUACAGAUCGAGAAGAAGUCUAUAAGUCCUAUAUAAAUUUUAAUGCAAUAUUAUAGCUAAUAAAACUAAAACAAGGCAUAUGUUGAAAAUAUUUUUUUUUUAAAUGCAAAAACUUACACUAAUACUCAAUAUAACCCUUUUUUGAGGGUUAAGUGAUUUCAUAAUGGUAUGUAAAAUGUAGAAAUAUAUAUAUAUUUACCUUUUGUAAAAUGAAUAAAUUAUCAGUUUAAUGUGUAUUUUUUUUUUAAAUGAUCUCUGCACUGCAUUUGUAUUUGUUUACCUAGUGAGUGUCUGUGUGUGUGUGUGUGUGUGUGUGUGUAUAUAUACAGCACUAUGGAAUUUGUUGGAGCUUUAUAAAUAAUAUAUAUACAUAUAUAUAUAUAAACCAAAUGAUCUUCUGAAAGCUUUGUAAGUAUUUUAAAAAGAAACAUUAUGUGUUAUCCCUUGAAAAAAGAAAUGUAAGAGCAGCCUGUGUAUUUCCACGGAACGUGUCAUUUCAGCCCAUUUUUUGCAGUUUGAUUUAGAUUUGAAUGUAUGUCUGCAUAUUGGAAUCAUUUCAUGCCUAUUUUACAGACUGCGGGAAGGAUGGCCCAGCUGUGUUUAUGAAGCAUUUUCAAAAUAAAUAAUGUUGUCACCCCGUAGUGCGAAUCCCUGCUUCUUUGAAAAUAAAGCAGUCUUGGCGUAGUCAUCUUUUUUUGCUAUAUAGAAAAUGUUAAACAUUUGCAAGAUUAUUUUUACUUUUCUUACAUUAUGUCCCCUCUCCCCCCACACCAAUGGUUCUGACAACAAUUUUGAAUUUUCAAAUGACUUAUUGAGCUCAAUUUGCUGUUAGAAGACAAAACAAAUUAUAGUGCUACUUUGAACAAAAUAUACUGCUAUUCGUUGUGCGUCAUAAUGUAUUUGUGUAAGCUGCAGGGGAUAUCUCGAGAGUCGGUAGCUUGCUGGUAGAUAACCUAAAAGCGGAAAACCUGUCGAUAGCUGUGGAAAUAGUGGCAAUAAAUGUCUGUUAUAUUUAAAUGCUCAUUGAUGCGUGAUGUUUGCUUGUGUUUGUUUCUGUCAACUUAGUUUGUUCUUGCUUAACCAGUAAUUCUGUCAUUGAGACUUCACUGGUUGAAAGAGACACAUCUUAUUUACUAGGCCUAAAGCAGCUAUCCACAUUAUAUCGUUAACUUUAGCAACUUUUCCUAAAUGCAGUGGAGACCUAGUCCCCCAACACAUAAAAAAUGUACGAAGUAGGUGUUUCAAAGAAUUAAUUUUCUGAUAUAUUACGUGCAAUUCUAUUUUGCACAAUAGUCUAAGAAUGGGUCAAUGAGUCUAUUUUGAAAUGAAAGUAUGGUUCUCCAAACUGAUUCCACGUAUGUAAGGAAAAAAGACCCAUGAAAAAAGAUAAAGGACCACAGUUUAAAAGUAAAAGCAUUUUUAUCGAAUAAGAAAUUGUGUUGUCGUUUUUUUGAGAAUUUAUGAUGUUGUGUUAUCUUCUCCACAAAUGAACGGUUAUAGUAUUUCUCUAUUCUGUAGAGAAUUCAUGAUAUUCUGUUAAAAAAACAAACAAAAAACUAAAAACACUGCCCUGGUCAUUAUAGCUUUAACCAGGCACUGACCUGUUCUAGUUCUGAUGUAGCAAAAAGCUUUAUGCCACCCAGCGGAAGAAUUGCAACAGUCUCACUGCUCAAUUCUCUGCCAUUUAGGAGUUGAAUCACUUAUGUUUCUGUUUAUGCAGCAGUAACCACAUCUCCCCUGGCAGUAACUGACACAGCCUGCAUGAAAACCAAAUGUUUUUUUUAAUUUUCAAUCAGAUGUAACUUACUUUAAAAGUUUUUAUUCCCUGCACUUUAAAUUGAACUUUAAUAACAUACAGGAGGGUCCUGCAGAGUCUAGCAAGCUGUUAAAAGUGCAGGAGAUAAGAAAUUCUAAAUUAAACACAAUGUGCAAUAAAGGAAGUGUAAACAUUAGAUGACUGUUUCGGUGUUUAGGAAGGUUGUGUAAGUCACAUACAGAGAAGUGUGACUCUGCAUGAACAAAGUGAUUUAACUCCCAAAUGGCAUAGAAUUUAGCAGUGAGACUGCAGAGGCAUGAUCUAUACACCAAACCUGCUUCAUUAAGCUAAAAAUGUUUUAGGGACUAUAGUAUUCCUUGAAGCAGUAAUUGAGGAUCUCAGCUAGGCAGCUAGAGUGAAUGUGUGAGGAUCUGAACUUGUCCCUUUUGAAGGAGUAAAUUUGUACUGGUGUGGCAACAAGCUAGAGACCACCAGCUAAAUAAGAAUUUUUAUCUGCAACUGAUCUACAUUUUGUCCUCUCUUACUGAGUUCCUGCUAUCCUAACAUUUUUUUCGCCUCCUAGAUUGAAGCUUUGGAAGCAGAACUUGAUUUCCACCGGAGUAUUUACAGCCUCCAAGUUCAGUACAGUGAAGCUCUUUUUCAAGGAAUAAAACAAGCCUAUCACAAUUUUCAGGAAAACGUUGUUACUGUGAUUUGUUGUCCACUAAACGGUUAGUGACAGAUAAAACAAGCUUAACAUAAUACAGAAGAUCCACAGUUACAGUGUUUUCCAAUCAUUUAGUGUCAAUGUUAAUGUUAUUUAAAUGGUGAAUGUGUAUAAUUUACAAUUUUGUUUUAUUUUUUUUGAGGAUGAAGUAAAGUCAGGACCUUAAUAUCCCAUAUUGUUUUGCCUGUUUACUAGGAACAAUUCUGGCAUUCACCCAACAUUUAAGGAGAACUGUCACAUCCCUGUUUUCAAUAUUAUGUUUAUUUAUCUCCUAUAUUUUUAAAACAUAUAUGUGUGUGUGAGGUCUGAAAAAAAGAUCAGUUGUAGAAAUCCAAAGUACAUUAUUUAUUUAUCUCUAUCCUCGGACCGAGCGCCUUAAUUUUUCUCCCUGUCAGUAUUUAUCAUAAGCUCUGCUCUUUAAUGAGCAUUGUAUAUGCAUGGUAUAUGAAAGUGGAGAAACAGAACAAAGUUUCUGUUAAUUCUCCUCCAAUGUGCUGUGUGCCUCGUCUAUCCCAGGAGCAAACUAGAUUAUGAUAUCAAUUGCUACGUUCUGACAGGAGGAUCAAAAUCCACCUGCACCUUGCAGGGUUAAUUUCCCUUUGCUUCCCCUGUGUAAUUGUAAAUAUUCUUGUUUCCUGAGGUUGUUCCCGACUUGCCCACUAGAAAGAGCUCUUCCUGGCACAUCCUACAGCCGCCCAAACUUUAAACUCUCAGCGUAGGGGCAGCAGAAAGCUGAGAGCUUUCAUAUGACACAUAGGACUUAAGGGAACUCCACCAGGAAGCCAAUAUAUUUAAAGAAAUACCUGGGUGGCCACAGCGGGACAAGCCACCUAAGCACUUAACUCAGAAAAGCAAACAGAAGUUCCUACUUAUGAACUCCCAGCUCUUCAGUGUUUGGGGUGGAGGUGGAGAGCAGUGCCUGGCACAACCCAGGUAAGAAGUUGACUGCUCCAGAUUUUAUCUAGUUACAAUGGGGGCUGUCAGAGUAGUCCUAGCACUGCUUGGACUGUAGUGGUCAUGGUGGUUGGAGUUUUCCCUUAUAUAUUUGGACACUCUGGGCACCAGUACAACUAUAAUGCAUUUAAUAGGUUUUGAUGUCAGACACAUAACUUUUCAUGCUAGACAAUAACAUUUACCACCUUUGUGAUCUAACAAAAAGCAGUGAGACUGCACUGGCAUGAUUUAUACACCCAAACUGCUUCAUUAAGCUAAAGUUGUUUUAGUGCUUGAAGUGUCCCUGUAAAAACUGUAAACUCUUAAAACAUAGUACCUGUAAGGUUUGGGAAAUCAGAUUGCAUUUUACUAACAGGCAUGGAAACAGGCCCAUACUUUCCGAGAUAGGAGGCGUAGAACCGAUAUACAAGUGUGUGUUGUCUCCACAUGUUUAUUCCAGAAAAUAAACACUUUUUUUGUGUGUGUUCUUAUUCCUUUCUGUUUUAAGUAAUUGCCUUUGUGUAUAGUUUGAAUAUUUCUUUGAUUCACUACUGUAUAAUUGAAUUGAUUUUAUAUACCUGACAUAACUGAUUGCAUAAUCGUUGACAGUAAUUUUUACAUCUCUUGGCCAGAGAGAAGUUUAAAUAAAUAGUAGAGGUAUUUCAAUGUUUUGAUUAAGAUCUAUUUCUAAGUUGGUUAUUUGUGAAAUGAUUGCUAAUACUGUCAAGCAAAUCCUUUUGUACCGAUUAAAUUUGUAGUCCAAGUGCCAUAAAUCACAAUUCUGUCACUUUCCUCGUAGAUAUCCUUUCCUCCUAUUCUGAACUUAAAAUGGAAGGCUCUGAAGCAGCUCUGAGAAACUUCUUGACAAUUUUUAAAAACAAUGUGGAACAGAUUCAGGAUGCUGUUGACACCUUGACUCCAUCAAAGAAACAGCAACAUGAAGGUAACAAUUUAACAUCCUCAAUUUUAAACAGCGAGGAAUGACAGUGAGAGUCUAUUUCUUCAGCCUGAGAAGCAAAGCGCUUACAGAUCCAUUUUAUCUCUUCUAUUGAUAUGCGCAAUGCGUGCCAUACUAUCCUACAGGGAACAGGAUGUAAGUGGUGUGUGUGUGUGUGUGUUUGUAUCAAAUAUAUACAGAGGUGUAACUAGAAACUCAUGGGGCCCCGGUGCGAAAAUUGCCCUGGGGCCCCCCCAUAGUCUACCCCCUGCUACUCCCCCAUACGUUCCCCACCACACAUGCAGACAAACAGAUACACACACAGACAUACACAUACAUACAGACACACACACACACAGACAUGCGUCCUCAUGUGUCUUAUUCCCCCAGCCCCCCAUGUGUCUUGUUCCCCCAGCCCCUCCAUGUGUCUUGUUCCCCCAGCCCCUCCAUGUGUCUUGUUCCCCCAGCCCCUCCAUGUGUCUUGUUCCCCCAGCCCCUCCAUGUGUCUUGUUCCCCCAGCCCCUCCAUGUGUCUUGUUCCCCCAGCCCCCCUAUGUGUCUUGUUCCCCCAGCCCCUCCAUGCAUACAUUUCCAGUAUUAGACGCAUAAAAAUAUAGUCAGCACAAUUUUUUUUCUUUUUAUUAUAUGGUGACAGCAUAUGAAGAACUUCCAAACUGAAGAGGCAGAACACAUCCACAUAGAUGUUCUCUUCCAUUUCUUUACUCCCCUUCCCACAAUGACUCUGCAAUGCUUUUAUUGUCAGUCAGGCAACUGUAUCCAUUAAGGUUAUUGUAGCAGAAUGAACGUUUGUAAUACCCUUUUUAUUCCCUUUGCUCGGCUGUCCGUACUCCCCGUUCGUUUAUCGAACCCCCAUCUGUGUGGUCCCUGGGUUCGGAUCAUUUAACAACCGACCACCCCUGGCUGUUAACCGCGAAUUGCUUGUUAAAGAACGUUUCCUCUGUGUGCGGCCAUUUUCUCUCUCGAACCUGGGCAGCGGUACAUGGUCGUCGACGACCUGGAACUAAUUUUGGCUACUCUACCCCACGAACACCCGGUAAACCGAUACUGCUCCCAUCCAACUUCCUUUAAGAGAACGGUGUUCGGGAGACCUAAACCACCAAACAGGGGGAACAUUCGUAUGCUAGCAGCCAGUGGGAGCCUUCGUUGGCAUUCGUGUGAUAUUUUGACAAAGUGGGUGCUCAAAUCCCAGCUGUUCGGUAAUGUGACUUUCAUGGGGUUCGUUCUGAAAUAUUAAAAUGUGUUUUAUGAUGUUUGUAAAUAUUGUAUAUUUUCUGUACCUGAGAGAUAAUUUAAUUAAAGAGUGGUUCUUACUCAAUUAUCUCUCAGGCACAGAGGAGGAGUCUGUGAACUGUUUACUUGUCCCCUCUCAGGUCCAUCAGGGAAAUGCCCCUGGAAUAUGAUUUGAGAUACCCCAAGCAUGGGGAGUUGCAUAAAAGCCAGCUCUGACUCAAUAAAAACCAGUUGACUCCCAGAAUUGUGUGCCGUCCAGUUACUGGGGGGAUUUUGCUUUGGAUAUUUGAUUGCUUCCCCAGCUACAAGAAUUCUACAGCAGAGAUAUUUAUGCUGGAUAUUGGAGUUCCGCUACAGUUAUUGUUUAAGCUUGGCAUCUUUGUGUUAAUAGUUUGAAAUAUUCUAGUUAUUGUGUAUUUAGAAUAAUGCCUUAAAGUGGCAUUCCAAAACUCUAAAGCGCUUAGUGUGGAGUGUUAUUUAUUUAUUUAUUUAUUUAUUUCUAAAUCAUUUUACCAAAAGUGCAGUUUUCAACAGAAAUUGGCACUCUUAUAAAUGAACCUUGUUACACCCUCUUGACUGUCAAUCAGGCAACUGGUCCUGUUACUUUCUGGUUGUUUGCCUCUCUUUUGAGUUUAACGCUACUGAGUUAAUGUCUCAGAGCACCUGCAUUGUAAAGACUUCUCAUUGAGCUGCAUUGGGAUGUCUGUGAUUGGAUAGCCACAGAAAGUCUGGAUGAGGCUAGAAUGGGAGGGCUUUUAAAUGCUACGGACAAAAGGUCUGAAGCUUUUGCAAGCUCUUUUUAGCUCUAACACCAAUGAAAAAUGCAUAACUAAAUACAUAUUUGUUUUCAUUGUGGGGAUAUCUACUAAAUAUUGAUUUUUAAAUGGGCAUUGGGGUGUCCCUUUAAAAAAAUAUUAAGAUUCCAGUAAUGUGAAUUUUCUUAUUUUAUUGCACUCACAGGACAGUGUUUUGAUCUGUGGGUCUUUACCCUAUUAACCCUAGUAAUGCUUUAAACAGGAUUGGAAUUGGAUUGGAAUCUGUAUUUUCAAGGGAUAUUUCAUGUAUAAUAAUACUUUCUGAGACUGAUGCAAAAAUGUACUGUUUUGUAACAUUAAAUCUGGUUCUUAGAUAUUCUGUCUGUGCUGCAUCGUCUCUGCAAACUGAAUGAGAUAUCAUUUGGGGAAUUUACCUCUGUUUGGAUAGAAACAUUGCAUGAACGCUAGCCUGAAGAAGGUUAUUAUUCAUUGUGAAAUAACCUUGGGGUCCUGUCGUAGUUACUCUUCUUAUUAAUGGUCUUGUAAUAGGCAUUAUAUUGCCACAGUGUUUGCUAAUAUCUUAGAAUUGUGUAAUCAUUUCAGAAAAGUCAAUCAUUGUGAGUUGUGCAUUUGGGACAUAAAUGCAAAUGUGCAAGUUUUACACAUUAAAUAGAUCUAAAAUUACAUUUCAUACACCCCACCACAUAAAAUCAUUGGUGCCCAUUUUUAAUAAACCUUGUAGUAAUAAGUUACCAUAAAUUGUACCCAGUUUUAAUCUAAUUUUUAUUUUGGUUGUUAUGAAGGUAGAAAUUGUGAUACUGAGUUUCAUAAUUAUUCAGAUUGAGACAAAAUUACAAAGUGACAGAGACGUGCUGUCUCUUUUUUUAGGUUUUAGUCAAUCCAACUAGCAAUUAAAAUUCUAUAUGUCAACUAUGCUCACCUAGAAUAUCAAAGUUAAUAUAAUAUAGGAAAUAUUCCAAUUACCAGGCCAAAGAAAGUUUACAAUUUCAAUUAAUCAAACAGGUGCCUAAGAGGGAAUAUGAACUCUAUAUGCUAAUACAUUUGACUUAAAAGACCUCUAUAGAAUACCUGUUGGGAAACCGGUCUACUCUUUAAGAUUUGCAUAUUUCUCCUUCAGCAAUUUUGUAUAUAGUAAGACUCUUGAAUGUAUGUGGUUAUCUACCUGCUAAAGAUGGUGCUCUGCUCAUAGUGCAACAUUUACAUUCUGUACUUCCAUCUGUCUAAUUUGGACUAGGCUGCUAAACUUGUCUAACAGAAGAAUCGUUUUUUUCCUGUUCUACCCUUUCAUUUACAGCGGUGGGGUUGGGGCUGAUAAAACUGCUGAGACUGGUUGCCAAGUUGUAAUACCUUUUGUGAAUUGAACCAUUAAAUUACCAUAGGCUCAAAUAAUUUUAGUGCUGGCUAAAGCGAUUUCGUGAAUUGGGUUUCCAUCAGAGCGAGGAUUCCAUGCAUUUUAGUUCAACAGCAGAGAAACCUUUUUUAAGCGAUAUAGGUAACUUUAAUGCCAAUGUAGAGUGUUGCAGAAUAUGCUGGGACUUCAUUUAUUACAUGAUAAAUAUAAAGGGAAGAACUCAGUAUAUCAAUCAAACUGACUGCAUUUAAAUCAAUAUAAUGGCAUUAACCUCUCAAAUAUUGCAAUUUCAAAUGUAUUUUUUUGAAUUAUUUGUAAAAUUAUUAAAUAUUAAUUACACGUGAAAAAAACUAAAAUCACAUUCUUGCAGGGAGGUUUUGUUUGCACCAUUUUUAAAAAUGAACUUAUUUUAUCUUCAUCUCUGCUUAGCAGUUUACUCGAAAAUGCAUAAAUACACAAAGAGACACUUUAGUCAAAUUAACAAUUUCAUCUCAUUGAAUUGGUUGUAGUGUCUUGGUUCCCCUGGCACUGUCCUUCUAUUCAGCAUUAAAUCGCUUUUAAUGUUUUAAUGCUAAACUAGAUACCCUAUUCCCGCUGUGCUACUUGGGCUAAUAAUUAAGCAUUAACCUGAGCGUCACUGGGUGGCUGUGAUUGGCUGAUAGCUGACUGCAUUCAGCCUAUACAGUACCAUUCAGGUAUGAAUGCCUAUAUCUAUAAGGAAGUGUAUAAUCUCUCCCUUAGUUAGCUGACUGCAUUCAGCCUAUACAGUACCAUUCAGGUAUGAAUGCCUAUAUCUAUAAGGAAGUGUAUAAUCUCUCCCUUAGUUAGCUGACUGCAUUCAGCCUAUACAGUACCAUUCAGGUGUGAAUGCCUAUAUCUAUAAGGAAGUGUAUAAUCUCUCCCUUAGUUAGCUGACUGCAUUCAGCCUAUACAGUACCAUUCAGGUGUGAAUGCCUAUAUCUAUAAGGAAGUGUAUAAUCUCUCCCUUAGUUAGCUGACUGCAUUCAGCCUAUACAGUACCAUUCAGGUGUGAAUGCCUAUAUCUAUAAGGAAGUGUAUAAUCUCUCCCUUAGUUAGCUGACUGCAUUCAGCCUAUACAGUACCAUUCAGGUGUGAAUGCCUAUAUCUAUAAGGAAGUGUAUAAUCUCUCCCUUAGUUAGCUGACUGCAUUCAGCCUAUACAGUACCAUUCAGGUGUGAAUGCCUAUAUCUAUAAGGAAGUGUAUAAUCUCUCCCUUAGUUACACCACCAGUAGGGGCAAUGCUAUAGGAAGCCAGUGACUCAUGAAAAUGGUUUAACACUGAAUGGAGGGACAGCACAAGAGGACCCCUAGCACUAUACUCAAUUCAGUGAGAUGAAAUAGUUAUAGUGUCUACACUAGAAGGGAAGAAAUAGAGGAACACAGGUAAUUGUACAAUCUAAUGCUUAUUAGUAUUGUCCGGUUUAUUUAACUUAGUAAGAGUUUUGGGGAAUUCCAAGUGAACCGAAAGUGAUUUGAAAUGUAUGGCCGAAAUUGCUAAAUGGAAAAACAUCUACAAGUCAUCUCUGUAUGCAGUUCAGCUAAAUUUGAAAUUCACUAUAAAUUCACUUUGAAAUCCUAAUAAUUCUCACUUUAGUAAAUAAGUCUGUGUAGUUCUUACACAAAUGCAGUUUAGUUCACAAGAUAUUUGUCAUUGUUUUUAUAUAUUUUCGUUCUUUCAUUUAAGGCUCCUCCGUUUUAUUUUUAUUACUUUGACAGCUAGGAGAGGUAGACCUCAUAGACACCGAGGGUUGUAAAAUGCAUUUGUUAUUGGUAUUCAAUGUUUAUCAGAAAUGCAGUUUAGUUAAUCGUAUAAUGUAUGUGUUCAGUAAUGUUUUUCCCUUUUUCUAUUUAAGGUAAUGAGGCCAUUUCAAAAUUGGGGAAAGAUUUCUUCCUUGCUUUAGAGAGCUCACUCAAGAUUUGUGGAGAAAAGCGUGAUAAAUCUGCUUUGGAAAUUGCAACUUUAAAACAUGAACUGGAUAAAUCUUUAGAAACCCUCAGCUCCUUGAAGAAGGAACGUAAACCAAAGGGUUCUUCCAAAGACUCUACAAGGUCUGAAGUAGAAAGUCUUGAAGGCACUGGAUUAAGUUCUGCUGACCCAGGGCAAGAAAGAGAUAGCGAGAAGGCUUCUCGGCAGUUGAGUUACAGAAGAAAACAUUCCCAGCCUUCUCUUUCUACUAAUGAUAGAGAAACCAUAGACAGUCUAAAAUCACAAGAAAAGAAAAGCUCUCUUCCAGUUCCCCAUCAAAGAAGCAAAAGCCUGCAGAGGAGUAAAAGCGUUAAAAAUCCAUCACAGCCUCCCUGGCAGGAUUAA